AUAUACUUUCUAGUCUUGGUUACGUCGGAAUUCGUGUCCUUGCAAAAAUUUACGAAUUAACCAUGAAAGAAAUAGAGGAAUUUGUGGGAAAAGUGUUAGGUUCGGAUAAGAUGACAAAAAAUAUGUCGUUGACAGAAAGACAAGAACAAUUCGGCAAAACAUUUGCUUCCAACCCAAAAAGUUUUAUGUUCUUACCUGGAGACAAAGUUGUUCUUCGCGUCAUCAGUGAAGUCUGUAAACAAGUCCUAGAAAGCUACCAAAGUGUGUUAUCCCCUCAUGAAAAGAAGAACAAGUCUAAAUCAACAACGUUCUCUUCUGGAAAGCAGUUUACAGCAAUGACUGGGAAAUCUGGAAGUGACCAGCUGACUUCUAAAGUUGAUUCUGAUAUUCUAGUGGAUGAAGAGGCAACCACAACUGUGAAUAAGUUGACAUUAGAAGAAUAUCUUCUACGUUGGGAAAACCGACUUAAACUUCAGAACAUGUCUUCUUUGUUUUCAAUUAAAGAAAAUAUUAUCACCUGUUUGAUGAAGCAGUGGAACUCUGCCAUAUGUAAAUGUCAGAUUAAAGCUCAGAGAGAUAGUAAUGGACACUGGAAGAUUUCUAAUUAUACAAAGCUUAUCCAGCAGAUACAUCUCAGUAAACCAAAUAAUAUUUCUGCGAAAAGUGCCAGUGAUGGAGACCUGAGAAAUUUCUUCUCCUCAAGAAAUUAGAGCCAUUAGAACGAGUGUACCGUCUGUGGUACUGUGUAUUUUGUCUCAGAUACUGGCGUUGUUGGUUGUCCUGCUAUGACGUAUAUCCUUUAGCGAAGCAUUUCAUCACGCUGAACGCUUACUUGUGCAUCGAAAUCAAUGCCCAUUCAUUGGUAAUGUUAAUUUUAAGAUUACAAGAAAGCAGGACCCCUGAACUAUUUAUGCCAUGGCUGUUUUCAAGCCAGCCUUGUGAAUCCUAUUUCAAAGCAGCACGAUCGUUCACUCCUGUUGGCAGUAGUCAAUUAACUUUUACUUUACAAGAUUUUCUGUACAAUCGAUGUCGCAAAAUUGAUUUUCAAUUGCGCUUGAUUUCAUCGUCUAAAUCAGAUGGAAUUAGAUUGCCCAGAAUUGAAAAAAACCCUUGAACGCUUUGGGGGG